AUGACCACCGAAGAGCUGGUAUUCGAAGGCUGUAAUUUCUUUCGACAAAGGCUAACCUAUUCAGUCCUUAGUGGUCGUCCUGUUGUGAUUCGUAACAUUCGCUGUGAUGACAGUGCACCUGGAAUCAAAGAUUUUGAAGCUAAACUCAUCGCAUUGCUGGAGAGAAUAACGAAUGGGACGAGAGUGGAAAUUAAUUCAACUGGCACACAAGUUCGUUUCCGUCCUGGUCUGAUAACUGGUGGAGUCCAAAAUAUGGAUUGUGGAGUUGAUCGGUGUCUAUCUUACUACUUAGAGCCAAUGAUAAUUAUUUCUCCGUUUUGUAAAAAUGCAAUGACUUUGAAGUUGAAAGGAGUUACAAAUGCCCCUGGUGAAGUCUCUGUUGACGCCAUCAAAGCCACUUGGUUGUCUGUUUAUAACAAAUUUGUGCUGAACGAAGAAAAGCUUCAACUACAGAUUAAUGCUCGCGGUUUAAAACCAGCAGGAGGUGGAUGCGUAACAUUUUCUGCCCCCGUUGUGAGGACUCUUCGACCAGUUCAAAGAGAAAAACAAGGAAAAAUUUCUAAAAUUCGUGGGCAAGCUUAUGUGACGAAGGUGACUCCAUCACUUGCCUAUAGAAUGAUAGACGCUGCGAAGAAGAUGCUUCAUGGUUACAUUUCUGAUGUUUAUAUCACAGUUGAUCAACGGAAAGGGGAUGUCGGUGGAAACUCUCCUGGAUAUGGUCUAUUUCUUACGGCAGAGACCACUGAAGGUGUCGUAUAUCACGGAGAAGCAAUUUCGAAACCAAAAGGCGAAACUGGCGAUCCUGUAGUAGCAGAAGAUGUGGGCACAAAUGCUGCUACUGCCCUACUUGAAGAAAUUUACAGAGGUGGGUGUCUUGAUGCUUCUGCCCAGGUUUUAGCAUGUUCUUUUAUGGCUCUUGGACAAAAAGACGUAUCAAGAUUCCUGUUUGGACCUCUUACAGUGUACAGUGUUUAUGCUCUGCGUCAUCUAAAGACUUAUUUUGAGAUACAGUUUAAACUAGAAGAAUGGCGUAAUAUACAAAAGGACGAAGAUGAACAAGUGAUGCGACUUGGAAGUGAAAAUAAAGCUAUUGUGACGGCAAUGGGUAUAGGGUUCAGUAAUCUCAACAAGAAUGUUCUGUAG